AUGUUUUUGCAAUCGGUCUUAAAAAGCUUCCCGUAUGCAAUACUGGCUAUACCCCAGAGGAGUUUUGGGAUUGAUUAUGACUGUGACUGCUUUGUCAAGGAUGGGAGACCUUUCCGUUACAUCUCAGGUAGCAUUCACUACUCACGAGUGCCCCGGUAUUACUGGGAAGAUCGCCUGUUGAAGAUGAAGAUGGCAGGACUUGAUGCCAUUCAAACGUAUGUGCCAUGGAACUACCAUGAACCCCAGCUGGGCAUGUAUGAUUUUUCUGGUGACAAAGAUCUGGAGUAUUUCCUGCAGCUUGCUAACGACAUUGGUUUGCUGGUUAUCCUCCGAGCUGGACCUUAUAUCUGUGCAGAGUGGGACAUGGGAGGUCUUCCUGCAUGGCUGUUGGAGAAGAAAUCUAUCAUUCUCAGGUCUUCUGAUUCAGAUUACCUGGCAGCGGUAGAGAAAUGGAUGGGUGUCCUUUUGCCAAAGAUGAGGCCUCACCUCUAUCAAAAUGGAGGUCCAGUCAUCAUGGUGCAGGUCGAGAAUGAGUAUGGAAGCUACUUUGCUUGCGACUAUGACUAUCUGCGUUCCCUUCUGAAGCUCUUUCGCCAACAUCUUGGGGAUGAUGUGGUGCUGUUCACAACUGAUGGUGCAACCCAGUUUCACUUGAAAUGUGGAGCUCUUCAGGGUCUUUAUGCAACUGUGGACUUUGCCCCAGGUGGCAAUGUCACAGCAGCUUUCUUAGCUCAAAGGGGCAGUGAACCUACGGGCCCUUUGGUUAAUUCUGAGUUUUAUACUGGAUGGUUGGAUCACUGGGGGCACCGUCAUUCUGUUGUGCCCACACAAACUAUAGCUAAAACACUUAAUGAAAUCCUGGCACGUGGUGCUAACGUUAACCUGUACAUGUUCAUAGGUGGGACUAACUUUGCCUAUUGGAAUGGUGCUAAUAUGCCCUAUAUGCCACAGCCCACUAGUUAUGACUACGAUGCUCCACUGAGUGAAGCAGGGGAUCUGACAGAAAAAUAUUUUGCCUUGAGGCAAGUCAUUGGUAUGUAUAAGCGGUUACCAGAAGGUCUUAUCCCUCCAACAACACCCAAAUUUGCAUACGGGAAGGUUCGCUUGCAGAAGGUGGGCACUGUGGUGGAGGUUCUUGACAGGCUGUCACCUGCUGGACCAGUGAAGAGCACCUACCCAUUAACCUUUGUUCAGGUGAAGCAGUAUUUUGGGUUUGUACUGUACAGAACUACGCUUCCAAAAAACUGUACGGAGCCAACACAACUGUCUUCACCUUUAAAUGGAGUCCAUGAUCGUGCCUAUGUGUCUGUGGAUGGGGUUCCUCAAGGUGUCCUUGAAAGGGAAAAAUCAUGUAUGGUAAAUAUAACUGGGAAGGCUGGAGCAAGUCUGGACAUCUUGGUAGAGAAUAUGGGCCGAGUCAACUUCGGUAGAUACAAUAAUGACUUUAAGGGUCUAGUUUCAAAUUUAACUCUUGAUCAAGAUAUACUUGUUGAAUGGGAAAUCUAUCCUCUAGACAUAGAUGGAGCAGUGAACCAUGACAUUAAUGGCCACCUUGAUCAACCAAAGAGUUCUGCCGGCAGUCCACUGAGUUAUGAAGCACCUACUUUUUACACUGGUAGACUUUCAAUUCCUGGAGGGAUUCCAGACUUGCCUCAAGACACCUAUGUCAAGUUUCCUGGCUGGACAAAGGGGCAAAUUUGGAUCAAUGGCUUUAAUCUUGGUCGCUACUGGCCAGCACGUGGUCCUCAGUUGACCCUUUUUGUUCCAAGGAAUAUACUUGUUUCAUCGGUGCCAAACAACAUAACAGUGUUGGAGCUGGAGCGUUCUCCUUGCAGCACCUGGGCAUGCGAGAUAGAGUUUGUAGACAAACCUAAUAUCAAUGCAACCACACAGUAUGAAAGUUAUGCUCCCCAGCAAUUUGUUAGAGACAUGUGGCUGAACCAUCUAUAAUUUGAGCAGAUCUUUAUCUUCCCCCC